CUGCCGCGCGUACUCGGCCGCGUCCCCGCGGGGCUGGGCGGGGGGAUCGGGCUUCUCUUCCCUCCCCUGGGAACGCCUGAGGGCGGGGGCGGCCGGGCGGGCAGGGCCAGGGCCGGUGGAGGGGAGGCGGCCGGGACACCCCGGUCUGGCUGAUGCUGGCGCUGCCCCGCGCAGCACCGGGCUCCGGCAGGCUGGUAGCGGCGGUCGGGACGCAGGAGGGGCCCCCCGGGCUCCCUUCCCCUUCCCUCCCUCCGCGGCGGGCGGCGCUGGAGGAUUUUCUCCCGCCGCGGCCCCCUCGCUGUCCCCCAGACAUGGUAGGUCACCUCCAGCUGCAAGGGAUGGACGAGAGCCUGAAGGAGAAGAGCCGGGAAGGCUUGCUGGACAGUCCGGACUCGGGGCUGCCCCCCAGCCCCAGCCCCCCCUUCUACUCCCUGUCGCCCGGUGAGGGCCGAGCAGGGGGCAGCGGCGGUGCGGACCCCCCGGCCCCGGGCCACCGGCGAGAGGCCAAGGACGGCAAAGUGAUGCCUUAUCUGCUCCUGAACCCAUCCAUGCCAGAGAUAAGACCUCGAAUAUACCCGGUGUUUUUUGGAGAAAGCAUUGAGGUCAACCCUGAGCCCGUGCAGGAAAUCAGGUGCAAUUCCGAGGUGAAGUAUGACUCGGAGAAGCACUAUCGGGAUGACAUCUUCUACGGCCCCAUCCCCACGGUCACCACCUACAGCGAGACCAUCAUCGCCGCUCCCAACUGCACCUGGCGGAACUACAAGUCCCAGCUGAUCUUCGAGCCCCGCCAGAAGCCGGUGAGGUUUCAGAGCACCACCAUCAUUUUCCCUAAGCGCGCCAAGAACAUUUACCGGACCACCCUCAACUACAGCUUGGGCUGUGCCAAGCGCUGGUUUGCUUCCAGCGUGCAGCUGGAACUCUGUGAGGAAACCAACCCGUGCGUCAUGUACAGCGAGACCCUCUGAUCCGCCCGGCCGCUGGCAACCGCGCGACCCCCGGGAGGCCGCGGCCUUCGCGGGGCUCUGGCUGGGCCCUGCUCGGUGGCAACUGAAUAUUCAUGGCUGGAGAGCAGCUCUCGGGUGAGGCUGAACUGGCUGGGAGGAGGCUUGCAGGGCACAGGAUGGUUUUGAUCAGUGAGAGGCUGGCUUGUAUUUUGCAACGUUCCUGACAUUCAUGAUCUGGAUUUUAUUUUUGUUUUUUUUGUUUUUUUUUCUCCGAGCGUAUCUAUUUUUGGCUUGUGUUUAGAUGAAAUCAAGAUGACAAUGGACCCUGUUACCCAUUGCAGAAUGAUGCCUUUUGAGCUCUGUAGGUCUUGUCUAGCACAUAGGUGAGAGUCAUUGUAAGCUUCAGAGCUAUUUUGGUCUCUGCAAAGGGAAGACCAACUGCAGAGUCAGCGUCUGUUCAGCCCAGCACACACCAGGCCAGAUCUCUUUGAGAGCUGAAAUGCAGAGGAGUGAUUAUUUGUACCAGUACAGCAAAGCUUGCUCCAACAGCUCAUCUGAGUGAGAGCUGCCCUAUUACCCUGCUUCCUGAGAGGAGUGGAGACUGUCACCCUGAGAAAAUGAGGAUUUAAACAGGUCCCCCAGCUCUUGCUGGCAGCUGGAUGUUUGCUACCAUAGCAAAGCACAGCACAACCAGGAGAUGGGAGAAAGGCCUGCUCUGAUGCACAGAUACAUCUUUUGUGAGCCCAGCCAGGAAUAAGCAGAGAGACUGAGGAAAAUGAACAGCUGAAGGGCUAGUUUCUAAAAGUCACUGAGAGAUUUAGGAGCCCAGUGCCCUUCUAUCAAAAGUAUUGUCAGACCAAGUGUGCCAUGCUGUUCACUGCCUCCAACAUGUAAUUUAAGGGAUCUGUAUGCACUUGCAGCCCUUCUGAGUUUCAGGGUGUGGCUGUAUUGCAGAGAGGAGUGUAGAGCAGAAGGAUGCUCUCUGGCUUGUUUGAAACCAGGGCAGGGUUAACUCACCCUCUCAAUAGUUUCCAUAUUUGUGGCAUGGGCAGCUUUUCUGGCCGUAGAGGAGCAGCAAAACUUUCUUAGUGUAGAGCUUGAAGGAUUGAAGAGCCCAAAUCCAUCUGGGUUUUCCUUACUCAGCCAGGCUGUAGCACUAAAAGCAGGUACUUCACAAACAGCUGAACUGUCUCUGCAACAGGACCAAGAAACAGUGAGCAGGAGCCAGUGCAACCGUCCUAAGGGAAAACGUUCCCCACUCAUGAAUCCCAUCUUCUGGUAUAUCUUCACUUUGGUCUCUUGCUGAAAAUCUGCAAGAGCCUGGAUUCCCACAAACAUAUAACUUUUGAAAAUAGCACGGAAUUGUCUCCAGAAAUCCUACCAAGAAUUUUUGCAUGCUGCUCCGACUUAGAAAUAACCACACAGCUCCGGAAAUUAAUUUCUAGCUUUCUCUCUUCUAAACUUUCCAUUUUGUUCCUGACUUGCUGUGAGUCUGAUGGAGUUUCAGAACACAGCUGAGCAGCCAAGUCAGAAAGCCUAUUAACAAUGUCAACAAGACGUAGCUGAUUGCCCAGAACAGUUGACGCACAAACCCACUGAGAUUUAAAAAAAAAAGUCUGAGAAACUUGAAAAAAUAAUAAAAUUAGUGACUUAUAAAGAUACUUUUUCCAUCAGUUUCAAAAAGCAGUUGGUAAAUGUGACCAGAACUGUGACCUUUAUGAAACAGAGUUCUCUUGUUUAAAAUGUAGCACAGUUUUUCCACCAGAGAUAAAUAUAAAGUCUUUAAAUACAAACUUCAA